AUGAUUAAUUUAAAAAAAUUAUUUCUAUAUUUAGUAAUUUACAUAUUAUAUAUAUUUCCUUAUAUAAUUUAUUCAACUAAUUUUAGUUCAAAUGAUGAGUAUAUAAAAAAAAGAAAUAUAAAAAGAUCAAUAGAAGAAACAAAUAAUUUUAAAUAUGAUAUUAGAAAUAUUGAUGAGAUAUCUACAAAUAAUAGAAAAAAAAGAGAUAUGACAAUUAUACAAUAUAAAUGGACUUCACCAAUAUUUUACUAUGUGAAUUAUCGUUUAAAUUUUAAUACUGUAAAAAAAGCAUUAAAUCUUCUUGAAGAAUACACAUGCUUAAAAUUUUCAAAUCCAAAAAACUUAUUUCAAAUUCCAACAGGCAUCCGUUUUCUUCCGUCAAACAAAUGUUCAGCCUCUUUAGGAAAAAUUGUUGAUAAAGGCUGGCUAAUGAUAUAUGUUGGAAAAGAAUGUGAAAAUACUUUGGGAAUAAUACGUUUAAUAAUACGUUCAUUAGGAAUAAUAUAUGAACAUUGUCGGAUGGAUAGAAAUUUUUUUAUUAAAGUAUAUGAAAAAAAUAUUGCUCAAAGUAGCAAAGAAGAUUUUCAAAUAUUUAAAGAAACCUAUAUUAAACAAAUAUUUUUACCAUAUGAAUAUGGAUCUUUAAUGCAUUUUGGAAUGUAUACUGGAAGUAAAAAUAAAAUGAUAACAUUAACACCAAAAGAUAUCCAUUAUAAACAUACCGUAGGACAACAAGAUUUUCUUACUUUUAAUAAUGUAAAAGCAUUAAAUAUGCAUUAUUGUUCCAAAAUAUGUAAAAAAAGUAUCCGAUGUUACAAUUUUGGAUAUCAAAAUCCUAAUAAUUGUGAUAAAUGUAUAUGUAUUGAAGGUUUUGAUGGUAUUUAUUGUGAAAGUUAUGCAAAAUCAGCAGCAUGGUGUGGGCCAAAAGAACUGUAUGCAAAGGAUAGACCUAUAUAUUUCAGAAUACAAGGAAAAAAAAAAUGUUUUUAUCAUAUAUUAUCAACUAGAAAUAGACAAAUUGAAAUUGUAAUUUUAAAAAUGAGAAUGGAACCUACACAUACGCAAACGUGCUCAAUUCAUAGAUCAUUAGAAAUAAAAUUUUGGUUGGAUAAAUCUGUAGCAGGUGCGAGAUUUUGCUUCCAAAAGUAUUCUAAAAUUAUAAAAUCACAGUCUAAUCAUGUUAUUUUAUAUUAUAGAAGUAAUGAUCAUAGAAGUUAUGUUUAUCUCUAUUUUAAAGAAGCGUCUCAAAUAAACAUACAUAGAGAAUAG